GAACGACGUGCCGAAGGUAGCAGCAGCCCUGCGCAGUCGGCCAUGGCGACUGCAGCCAUGCAGCCAACAUCGCGGCCGUGGUCCUCGCCAGCAGCCUCAGGCAUCUUCGACCCAGAGAGCCUUGUGCCGGCAGCGGGGAGUGGCGUCUUACCCCUAACGCCCUACUUCUUUGGACUCAGCACCACAGUGUCGUCGUUUUCAGCGUCGGUGCCUACCUCGUUUGACGCUCUCACCUCUGUCGCUCGGCCGAGCGCGCCGCCAGCAGCGUCUCCGGGCAACGAGGUCGACGACUUCUACCAAUCCUUUGUAGCGAGCAGUCUGUCCGCUGCUGUCGUCAAAAAUGCCCUCUCUCUUCCGCCUGUUCCUCUUUCCUCUGCUCCUCUACUUCCUCUGGAAAAGGCGACAGGCAAGCCCUCAACCUUGUCGCAAUCAUCGUCGCUUGAUGGCACGGCGCCUUCGACAUCAUCGCAGCACCAGGCGAGCAGUCGGGCGUCGAGCGGCUUCGAGUCGUCGUCGUGCGAUGGCACGCGCAGAUUGUCGAUGUCGUCGGGCGCCAACGCUGGUGACUUGGGCCUUGACGCCGUUGCGCCGCCUGCUGCGUUCCCUGGCCCCUUGACGUCGGGAGAGACGGCUCAGCAGCGCAUAGACCACGGACAGAACCUGAACGUUUUUUGGCGGCGUCUUUGUGUUGUGACCAGUAGCGAUCCUCAGUGGGAGGAGGGAAAACCCGAGGCUCGGCCUGUAAGCGAUGCGCGAGAACAAAGUAUGAUGGCAAGGUGGGGUGAUGCGAGAGCAAGCGCAGGCAACGGGAAAGGUGUCGGUCUCGCAGGCUUCACUCAAGCCGACCUCCUGGCGGCCCUCUCCGACUUCUCCACCUUCUUCGCCUUCAUCUCGUACAAGCUCGGCACCAAUCUGAGCCAGCCCUUCUCCUCCAUCUUGGGCCAGACGUUAGCGGGCAAGACAUUCGUCGAGGACGCCUUCCUCGCUAUUGAGGAGCGCAUGGCGAAGAAAGCAGCAAAGGGCGGGGAUGGCGGUGAAGGGGGAGGAACGAACCUAGCGGCAAUCUGUUGCCCGAGGGAGGAGUGCAGAUGCAAGCUGGUCGCAAAGGGGAUGGCUAUGUGGGAGCUUGCAGAGAGUGGUCCGCUCUCGCAGCCUGACGUUGGGUUGCCUCAAUGGUCCGGCUUGCCACCCACUCCUCUGCCCCCGCCUGCUCCGGCGAGCCAUAUCCGCGCGCUGAAGGAGAGGAGGGACGUGGUCAGGAGAACUCUUCCCGGAGCGCCGCCUAGUAUUGAGUGCCUGACGCCUAUCCGACCCUUCUGGAGCGUGACGCCGAGCGGCGGAUGCCCACAAGUAGCGGCGGAGGCGAUGCAGCGGGGAGCGCUGGCGAGGAUGAGACCACAGAAACUGUUGCGAGCGGGGCGACGACGCCUGCGGCUGCUGCCGCGAGUAGAAGGGUCGUUCCCCCAUCCGCCGCUCAACAUUCCUCGGCGGCGGCGGUGGUCACAAGAGCGGCAGCAAGGGCAGCAACUCCAAGCGACCGAAGCCGCUUCCCCAGAACGGCGCUCCUCCCCGCCUGGAGAAAAGGGCACAGCGCCCUUUGGCCGUGGCGGGGCUGGCUCCGGUCUUCCCGUCAGCCGCGGCAACGGCACAAGCCCGCAGCGCGACACAGCCUCCUCAACCUCCCCUUCCACACCGAGCGGCAGCGAUCCAACCUCCGCUCCCGCCGCUUCGACUGGUCCUGCCUUGACAGUCAAGUACCUGCUCUGUGCCAACUGCGAUCUAGGGCCGCUGGGUUAUAUCAUUGUGCGUGAGUCGCUCAAGGCGGGCAAGAUGGGCUUGCAGGUUGGGGAAGGAAUCAAUAGCGCUAAUAGCGCUGGAAGUAUCGAGAAGUCUGGGGAGAUCUCAAUCUUCUUGCUGGCGGCAGAGAAGGUCAGGUAUCGUUAUGUCAAGUAG